AUGACAGAAUAUCAUAAAGAUAAAGUCAACUGCAACGAUCGGUAUGGAGCUGAAGUUUUAUCUCGAAGGAAGAGAUUUCUUAUUUUCCCGGAAGGAAGUUCUUUACAAUUAGUUUUCUGCGUCACCUAUCCAGCUAUAUUCACAAUAGGGGACAUUUUCCUAUGGGGCAACACAGCCGCCUUGGCGUUUGAACUACCCCAGGACCCCUACUCCCCCUUUAACCACAAAGCGGACCCUCUUCACAGGAGAAUAGACACAAAGACUAUCUAUUUCACGGAUUAUAAUGGAAAAAUUAUUCACCACCAACCAUACAAAAGGAAGUUUAUAGUAAACCCAGCGUUCGCGAAGCGUAGCGUGGACGGAUCCAACGCGGCUCACGAAUACAAAAUAGAUAGGAGAGAGUUGCACGCCUCACGACACACAAGAGAGUUUUUGAAAAGGGACCAAAUGGAGAACAUUGGGUUCCAUAGACACGGGCGAGCUACCUUGUACCGGCAUGUUGAGGGACUUCUGCAAGGCAUUGGUGCCGACGGAAGGAUGUGCCUGCUAAAUAUGCUCUGUGAAAUGGGACAGUCCAAUACUAAUAACCCACAAGGUCCAUUUCUACAGGAAAUAAUGAGAGUUGUGUUCACAUUACCGAAACCUUCUAAACCAGACGAUGUUGAUGAAGAGUAUGACGAAGCACAUUCAGCUAAAGGUUCAUGCGAAAAAUUAUACCCGUGUGCUGAAAACUGA